GAAAGAUAAUGGCCCACACUGAACAGGAUGACUGAACCUCGGCAAUUAUCAAAUUGUGCCCCUUUAUGAUGCAUUCUGACAAAACAAAAGCUGAAGAAGAGAGUCUGGACAGCAAGGAACAAAGGAUCGCAUGUGGUUUUUGGACAUGUCCAUCCUUUCUUCACACCAUCCUGAUGUACUGAGGGGGGAUGAGUCCAGUGUAACAUCUCGCUGAAAUCACUGGAUCCAACAUCUCCAUGGAGGAAUAACUGGAGACUUCUGCUGCGGUGUGUGCGCGCACAGAGAUGCCGUAGCUCUACAUGAACCGCGAUAGAUUGAGUACUUUUAUGGAAAUUGUUCUCAGCUGAGAGACAUACGGGCAGCAAUAAUACCACACCACACAUACAUACAUAGAAGCCAGCGCCGUCGAUCUGUGUGCCUCUGCAAUAAGUGGCUGAUAAAAAGCAAUAAAUUCUCUAAAAUAAAUACAGUCAUUCGAUUGUGCGCCAUGGGCGACGAGGCGUCAAACUUCAGGGGAAGCAGCAGGACCGGUGUCUCAUCACCAAAACGCAGGACUGGUGAGGAUCACGGCAGAGCGGAGACUCUACUACAUUAAAACUGAUCACCACUGAGAACAAUGAGAUUAAUGAUUUUUGGAUGACUUGUCAGCUCACCACUGUGACAGUUUUUGAUGUUAUUCAGAAAACAAGCUUCAGAUCCGGACUGUGCUGGACUUGGUCACUUUGAUUUGUUCGCUCAAGUAGAAGAAAGGGACAUGAAACGUUUUGUGCUUGAAAUAAACGAAUACAGCCAUAUCAUUUAAUCAAUAAGUUUAAAGGGGAUCUUAAUUUUUUUUAUUUUUAUUUUUUAUUUUGCACUAUGAUGGAACCACCACCAUGCUCGAAGAAGAGCCUCUCCCUGUCGCUCCCGGUUCCCCGGGAAGGACAGGCGACUCUGAAGCCUCCGCAGCAUCUCUGGAGACAACCCCGGACCCCAAUCAAAAUCAAACACCGGGGCUACUCCGACACCGACCGGCAUCACCACCGGCACAUGGAGCGCUCAGACGCCGUGGAUACGAGCGACCGACCAGGACUGAAAAAGUCUCGAAUGUCCUGGCCAUCCUCCUUCCACGGGACCACAAACACAUCCAUCGGAAAUUGUGUCGGGAAUAAACGCUUUGAUUCAGAAAAUGGUCCCUCGCCAGGCCGCAGUCCCAUGGAUUCGCAGGCGAGUCCUGGGUUGGUGCUCCACCCUUCUUUCCCCCAGAGCCAGCGCAGGGAGUCCUUCCUGUACCGCUCGGACUCGGACUACGACACGUCCCCCAAAACCAUGUCACGCAACUCCUCCAUCAACAGUGAGGGGCACGCCGAAGACAUGAUUGUCCCCCCUUUUGCUCAGGUGUUGGCCAGCCUACGAACUGUAAGAAGCAACUUCACCAUCCUCGCCAAUGUCACAACACCCACUAACAAGAGGUCACCAGUGACAAGCCAACCCACUGUUCCCCAAGCUACACUCUCUGAGGAGACAUACCAGCAGAUGGCUCGGGAGACUCUGGAGGAACUGGACUGGUGUUUGGACCAGCUGGAAACCAUUCAGACCCAUCGCUCAGUCAGCGAGAUGGCCUCCAACAAGUUCAAGAGGAUGUUGAACAGGGAGCUGUCCCAUUUGUCAGAGAUGAGUCGCUCAGGGAACCAGGUGUCAGAAUACAUCUCCACUACCUUUCUAGAUAAGCAGAACGAGGUGGAGAUCCCAUCCCCGACCUUGAGGGAGAGGGAGAAGCCCAUGUGCCACAUCAGUGGUGUGAAGAAGCUCACACACAGUUCCAGCCUUUCAAACUCCAGCACGCCUCGAUUCGGCGUGAAGACUGAACACGAGGAUGCAUUAGCCAGGGAGCUGAACGACUUGAACAAGUGGGGCCUUAAUAUCUUUCAUGUGGCAGAGUUCUCUAAUAACCGACCCCUCAGCUGCAUAAUGUUUGCCAUCUUCCAGGAGAGAGAUCUACUGAAGACCUUUCGGAUCCCUGUGGAUACGUUUGUCACCUAUGUGAUGACCCUGGAGGACCACUACCAUGCCAAUGUGGCCUACCACAACAGCCUCCACGCUGCAGAUGUCACUCAGUCUACUCAUGUACUGCUAUCCACACCAGCUCUAGAUGCGGUGUUCACGGAUCUAGAGAUACUAGCUGCAUUAUUUGCCGCUGCCAUCCAUGAUGUGGACCACCCAGGAGUGUCAAACCAAUUCCUCAUAAACACAAACUCAGAGCUAGCCCUGAUGUACAAUGAUGAGUCUGUGUUGGAGAACCAUCACCUAGCUGUGGGCUUCAAGCUGCUUCAUGAGGACAACUGUGACAUCUUCCAGAACCUAAGCAAGAGGCAGCGACAGAGCCUGAGAAAACUUGUUAUUGAUAUGGUUUUGGCAACAGAUAUGUCUAAACACAUGAGUUUGCUGGCAGACCUCAAGACAAUGGUGGAAACCAAGAAAGUGACAAGUUCUGGAGUAUUGCUGCUUGACCAUUACACUGAUCGGAUACAGGUGUUGAGGAACAUGGUGCACUGUGCUGACCUGAGCAAUCCCACCAAGCCCCUGGCUGUGUAUCGACAAUGGACGGAGAGAAUCAUGGAGGAGUUCUUCAGGCAGGGAGAUAAGGAGAGAGAGCGAGGGAUGGAGAUCAGCCCCAUGUGCGACAAACACACCGCAUCUGUGGAAAAGAGCCAGGUGGGUUUUAUUGACUAUAUUGUCCACCCGCUGUGGGAGACAUGGGGGGACCUCGUGCACCCUGACGCCCAGGACAUCUUGGACACUCUGGAGGACAACAGGGACUGGUAUCAGAGCACGAUCCCACAAAGCCCCUCGCCACCUCCUGUGUGUCAGGAUAAGGAACUUAACGCCUGCAUGGACAAGUUUCAGUUUGAGCUCACCCUCGAAGACAGCUCUCAGAGAGAGGAGGGAGACGAGGGAGACAAGCCUACGCCAAACCACGUGGCCGGGGACUGCAGUCAGGGGGAGGAGGAGGAGGAGGAGGAGGAGGGUAAAAAAGAAGAAGACAUAAUGGCAGAGGAGGAAAAUGAGGACAUAAUAGAAGAGGAAGAUGAGGUGGCGAUGGAGGAGGAGGAGGCGGAGGAGGAGCUGAAAGCUCACUUGGAGGUGAGAUCAGAAAAGGAGAGACUUUCUGACACAAGUCCUGUAGAGGAAGAGGAAGAUUCUUCUUCACAAGCUGAAGAUACAUGAGUUCCGCUCCUGUAUCUCACUCCUCACUUGCACACAUAAUCUUGUUCAUCCUUUCAAUGGCCAAACCAAGAACAAAUAAGACUGCAAUGACAAUACAGACCUUUAAAUAUAUUUUUCAAAAAGGGAAUAAAUUAAAAUUGCUUCAAGAGAAGGUAAUUACACAGCAACUGUAGAUUUGGAGCGGUGACAAGUCCUCCGACUGAUUUCACAACAAACUUUAGACUAAGAGGAAUUUAGGAGAGCAUUAACGACGGGCAACCGAAGAAAGCGUAGCACUCUGGGACUGAAAUGCACACAUGCAAACAAACAGAAAAUGAUAGCAGGAACAAGUGAUGUGGAAUACACCAAUUCAACGUGUGUUUGUGCAUGCAUCAGUCAUGCAGUAUAACUGGAGUCCUUUCUUGACUGUAUGUUUGUAUGUGUGCAUUGACACGAGGGACAAUGAUCAGUGAUGAAUCUCUUUGGAAAAAGCCAUCUCUUAAUGGAGUAUUAACUAGUCAGUCAGUAUUAGUAAUUCAUGUUCGUUAGAACCUCAACAGAAACUGUUCUCCUCAGAAAAGCUACACAUCCGAGUGACUUUUUUUUUUUCCAUUUCUGUCGGAAAGAAAAAUAGGCAAAUCCAUAGAGUUGGAGGAGGAGCAGAGAGGAAAAUACCAGAAGGCAAAGAAGAUGCUGCGAUGAAGGGGCCGCCGGGUCCCAUACCCCUUUUCCCUUUACGAGGAGAGUGCUACUGGUGCAAGAUGGCUCUGUGCCUUUCUGAAACACCAGCUUCCUGAACGGAGCUGUCGUGAAGCAAUGCAUUGUGGGACAGGAGUGUCUGAUUUUGUUAUCAUUUUUUGAUUGUCUCUUGUUCAAGAUCUCUCUUUACUGUUCAUGGUAUUGUGGUGUGUAUCUCACACGUACAGUUUUCUGUGGUGAUAUGUUUUUGAGCUGUAAGUCUUCCUUUUGUUGCUCUUCUGGUAAUAUUAAUAACUCAGAACUCUAGAUGCAGAGCAAUCACUACCACCACCACCGCAGCCGCCAGUGGACUCUUUCCAGCUUAUGUUUUUUUUUCUUAUUAGAAUGCUUUUUUUUAAAACUUUCUGAGAAUAAGCCAUGUGAUGCUUUGAAGCAUAAGUUUUGCCUAUUUUCUAUUUAACAGUUGCUAAAUACGUUGAAGGGAUACAGAAUUAUUUCAUCAACAGAACAAAUUUCCACUCGCCAUCUCACACCCACUUGCACUGUGUGGUCUCCUCAUACACACCGGUUCUCACCAAAGUAAAGGAUGAGAAGCUUCAGUGGGUGAAGUGAUUUGAAGGAACACGGAUGAAUAAGAAAAUCAGGGAAGCAGAAUGUCAGGGGAGUGACGCGUGACUUGGCCAAAAGGUGGUCUGGCAGUCCCUAAUCAUCCUUGUUAUGUUUGAUGCUUUUUUGCCUUAAUGUCUGAUGCAGGAUACAUACCUGCCAGUAUGUAGAUUUCUAAAAUAUAUAAUAGAUAUCCUAGUAUAUUUAUAUCACGACUGUAUGCUUAUUUCUGUGAGUAUCAGUGUGUCUAUACACAAUGUAUCCAGCAUUUGGAGGGGAGAGGGAAACAUUGCUGCCAAUUAGUUAUGUUGUUGCUGUGCUCAGAACCAACAUAAAGAAUGUUUUUUAAUCAGGAGGGUAUAACGACUAUCUUAUAGAUACCAUGUUCAAGAAAUAAGAAAUAGGAGUUAAGGUUGUGCGGGCAGUGAGAAUGAAUAAGGAUGUCCUUUGUUUGACCAGAUAUUGAUUUGUUGUCAUGAUGGAAUCGAUGCGUGCAUGUGUUUGUUUGCGUGGCUAAUUGUGUGGCCAUGAGUAAGCGAGUGAGUAACAGAGGGCAGGAUGCAAAAGAUGUUGUCAUAUGUGUCAUUGUUCCCUCACUGGCAUCACCACAUGUUGUUGAAUAGUGUUUAAGAAUUCGAUCAGCACAGCUUAAAUAGGUCACAGUUUGUUUAGGUGUUUGUUUUUCACAGGGUAAAAAAAAAAUACAUAUAAAUAAUAAUAAUAAUAAUAAAAGAACAUGAGUGUGGUUCUUUCGAAGGGUAAGAGCAAGUUUCUGCAGGUCAGUAACUGAGCUUAUCUGAAGACACCACAGCUCGGUGCAACAGAAGCCUGUGUGUUUGAACUGCUCUGUCGCAAGAUGGAGCAGAGCUGACGGGCCACAACGCAGGCUUUUAUCAUGUUGAUGGGAAUCCAGGAUUACUACUGCAGUAACUUAAAUAAAAGAUUCCCAUAUGCAUCAGCCUUUUACUUUAAAGAUGUUGCUUUGUUUUUGUGGCUUCUUGUUCUGUCAUAAGCUAUAAAAACAUUACUAUUUAAUUGCCAUACAAACACGAUACUGUAGCAAUUGUUUCUUAUUAAGAAAAUUAUUAAAUUGAUUGAUUGCUGCCAUUCUUUUUAAAUGAUGAAAAGAAAACCAUGGGAAGUGUUUUCUUUGAACAGUUUGUGUACAGUUUAUUUUUAUAUCAUUCUGGUGGAUGGUCUGGAAAAUGAAUCACAUGUUGAUGAUAUAGCUAUAAGCAUUACCACUCUUGUAUAUAAUGUAAUAUUGGAUUGUAAAUUAUAAAUUUAUCCAAGUCAUAAUGAUUGACAAAUAACCAUUUAAGGUUAAGUGAACCACUAAAGCACUGCAGGCCACAUCCUCACCUUUUUUCAUUCUCUGGUUCUGUUUUCGCUCACUUGUGCUAACAUUUUUUUAACUGUUCACAUUUAUUGUUAAAAAAUCAAAUUUGUACCAGCACUUUAUUUAGUCAGGUUUAGGGGCGGAUAGUGUGUUUCAGGUAGUGUACAGUCUGUGCUGGUGGUUUGAUCAUUGACGGUCACCUGUUGAUUAUAUUGCAUUGGGCCAAAUCACAAACCGUCAUUGUGCAGUCCUCAAUGUUGACCCCUUUUUCUAGAGGCAUAAUCAAAUUAACAGUCAUUAUCUAUUAACAGUCCAUGUGAGAUUGAACUUACUCGACUGAUAAAGUCAGAUAUAAGCUCAUGUUGUCACAUUGGAUGUGACAAGUUCAAAGGAAAUAAAUGUGUCCUUAUCAAACUUGACCAUUUAUAGUCCUAUCACCGCCUCUAUUUCUUAGUAACUUUAAUCACUAGCCUGAUAGCCUAAAUGUCCGUCCAGUGGUGGCCUACCUAGCUGGUUGCUGUCAGGUUAUUUUGUCGCAGACUGACUCCCUCUGUGAAUAAUACUCUGGGCUUUAAUUCAUGUGUUUGUUCACAAGUAAGAAAGAUUAUUCAAGGGGAAAAAAAAACAACAUGAAAUGAUUGUAAUAUUUGUAAAUGAUCUUGCUGUAAUGUGUAAAAUGUGUCCAAGUUAUUUUUUAUUAUAUUAUUUUUAUGAAAGUUUUUCCUCUUAACAGAGCU